CUCCGUGACCCCAGCUGGGAUUUAGCCUGGUGCUGUGUCAGCCCCGGGCUCCCAGGGGCUCCCCAGUGGUCCCCAGGCACCCUCAACACGGCCAGGGCGUCUCCCUUGUCCAGCGAGGGCAGGGACGGGCCACAGGCCAAGGGCAGUGGUCAGGCCUGCUCUGCUGUGAGCACCGCCGGCUUGGCCUCGGCCGAUGGGCCCCCACUCCUGAAGCGGGCAGGAAGCCAGCUCCGGGAUGGAUUUCGGGUCCUUGGAGACCGUGGUGGCCAACUCUGCCUUCAUCGCCGCCCGAGGCAGCUUUGACGGCAGCAGCUCCCAGCCCUCCCGGGACAAGAAGUAUCUGGCCAAGCUCAAGCUGCCCCCGCUGUCCCAGUGUGAGCGCCUCCGUGACAGCCUCAGCCUGGAAUUUGAGAGCCUGUGCUUGGAGCAGCCCAUCGGCAAGAAGCUCUUUCAGCAGUUCCUGCAAUCGGCAGAGAAGCACGUGCCAGCCCUGGAGCUCUGGAAAGACAUCGAGGACUAUGACACAGCAGACAACGACCUCCAGCCACAGAAGGCCCAGACCAUCCUGGCCCAGUACCUGGACCCCCAGGCCAAACUCUUCUGCAGCUUCCUGGAUGAGGGGAUGGUGGUGAAGUUUAAGGAGGGGCCCAUGGAGAGCCUGGACGGGCUCUUCCAGCCCCUGCUGCAGGCCACCCUGGCACACCUGGGCCAAGCCCCCUUCCAGGAGUACCUGGGCAGCCUGUACUUCCUGAGGUUCCUGCAGUGGAAGUGGCUGGAAGCCCAGCCCAUGGGGGAGGACUGGUUCCUGGACUUCAGGGUCCUGGGGAAAGGGGGUUUCGGGGAGGUGUCAGCCUGCCAGAUGAAGGCGACCGGCAAGCUAUAUGCCUGCAAGAAGCUGAACAAGAAGCGAUUGAAGAAGAGGAAGGGCUACCAGGGUGCUAUGGUGGAGAAGAAGAUUCUGAUGAAAGUGCACAGCAGGUUCAUUGUGUCUCUGGCCUAUGCGUUUGAAACCAAAGCUGACCUCUGUCUAGUGAUGACCAUCAUGAACGGAGGCGACAUCAGGUACCACAUCUACAACGUGAAUGAAGAGAAUCCCGGCUUCCCGGAGCCGCGUGCCGUCUUCUACACGGCGCAGAUCAUCUGUGGCCUGGAGCACCUGCACCAGCGGCGGAUCGUCUACCGCGACCUCAAGCCUGAGAACGUGCUGCUGGACAACGACGGCAAUGUCCGGAUCUCUGACCUUGGGCUGGCUGUGGAGCUGCUGGACGGGCAGAGCAAGACCAAGGGCUAUGCAGGGACCCCAGGUUUCAUGGCCCCCGAGCUCCUGCAGGGCGAGGAGUAUGGCUUCUCUGUGGACUACUUUGCCCUGGGGGUCACCCUGUAUGAGAUGAUUGCGGCCAGAGGACCCUUCCGAGCCCGUGGAGAGAAGGUGGAGAACAAGGAACUGAAGCAGCGGAUCAUCUCGGAGCCCGUGAAGUACCCUGACAAGUUCAGCCAGGCCAGCAAGGACUUCUGCGAGGCGCUGCUGGAGAAGGACCCGGAGAAGCGCCUGGGGUUCAGAGACGAGACCUGUGACAAGCUCCGCACCCACUUCCUCUUCAAGGACCUUAACUGGAGACAGCUGGAGGCCGGGAUGCUGAUACCCCCUUUCAUCCCAGACUCCAAAACUGUCUACGCGAAGGAUAUUCAGGACGUGGGUGCCUUUUCCACUGUCAAAGGUGUGGUCUUUGACAAAACAGACACAGAAUUCUUUCAGGAAUUCGCCACUGGCAACUGCCCUAUCCCCUGGCAGGAGGAGAUGAUCGAGACGGGCAUCUUCGGCGAGCUGAACGUGUGGCGCUCGGACGGUCAGAUGCCAGAUGACAUGAAGGGCAUCUCCGGGGGCUCUGGCUCCUCAUCCAAGUCAGGAAUGUGUCUGGUUUCCUAGGUGACACCCCAGAGUCUACGUGGAGGAAAAGGACCCACAGGGCUCGGUGGGGGCCGCCUGCCUCCAUGGUGCCAGCCUGGGGUCCGCCAGCAAGGGGACACACGGUUCCCUCCACCCAGGUCCCCAUCACGCUGUCUCCUUGCGGCCCAAGGAGGAGAAAGCCUGUGUCGUCCUGAGCCGCCAGACGCACACCCUGGUGCCGUGAGCCCCCGACCGCAUAGUUCAGUCCUUUCGCUCCAUUUCACUGAGAGGACAUAAGACUCUCCAGAGGGAGUAAGCCAAAAAUCUACAAACUCU